AUGGGGGCGAAGCUGCAGGUCCAGCUGCUUCAGGCUCGGAACCUGGCAGCUAAGGACAGCAACGGUCUGAGCGAUCCGUACGUGCGGAUGCAGGUCGGCCGGAGCAAAGCGCGCAGCAGCACAGUGUAUAAGAACCUCAAUCCGACGUGGAAUGAGGAGUUUCUAUUUAGAACAGAUAACCUUGAAACGGAUGUUCUCCUCGUGACCGUGUGGGACGAGGAUUACUUAGGAAAAGCGGAUUUUCUGGGUCAAAUGUCGGUGCCGGUAGCUGCGGUGGCGGCUGCGGAAGGGAAGAGUCUCCCGCCGACGUGGUAUCCGCUCAAGAAGAAGAGCGAGCGGUCUCGCUCCUUCGUCUCAGGCGAAAUCCUUAUAGAGGUCUCACUAUGGGGCCUCGUGUCCCACGCGGCUCAAUCCCAAACCGCCAGCCCUGUCAGCUCAACCGCCCUCUCCCCCUACUCCUCCACCCCAUUCUCCAUCACCCCUCCCUCCACCUCGCACACCCCCACUCUCCCGCUCCUAACCUCCUCCUCCUCCACACCAUCCUCCCUCGCUUCCACCCCCGGCAACUACCACCCCAACCCAAUCGACCCGGCUUACAACCCGCCAGCCACUUUCCAGCUCCCACAUCCGGACCAGAUGGGCCUUGCGACGAUCUCCUCCGAGCCACAUUCCCCAACCUCCUCCGCUGACUCGACCGCGUCCGCGCCUGGCGGGCUGGGCUCGCUGUCACUCUGGCUGUCAGGGCCCCUCUCCUCCACCUGCUCCUCCGCUGCUUCAGGCUCCCUCACCUUCCACUCUGGGCCUCUGAUGCUGACUGGGGUGCCUUCUGCUGCUUCAGACUCUUCUCCUCCUGCCGGUGCACCGGCCCUCCCGCUGCCUCCUGCAACGAGUUCUUCCUCUGCUGAGGCCGACAGAACUGCACCGCUUCCUAUACUGAAUGGUGGGAGCUCCUCCUCCGCUCCUCCUACUCCCGCCUCAGGCGAGAGCGAUGCAGCAACCCUCUCCGACCUUGCAUCACCCACUGACAACCAGAUCGUACCUCAUUCUGCUGACUUGCACCUAAAAUCCGUUGCUGAAUCUCACGCCAUGCAACACUCCACCUCUGCCCCAGCGCGCCCCUCCAAGUCCCACUUCUUCCACUCCUUCACGAAAUCCAAAUCCAAAACCUCCACACGCGGCCACGUCAGCACCAUAUCCGAAUCCUCCGACGAAUCCCCCUCUCCCAUACCCCACAGCGCCCCCGCCCCAGCCCUCCUCCCUCACGCCGCUACAAUUAACACCGUUCCCCAACACGACCACUCCUCUAAAGACCCAGCAUACACAGAGGCAAACACCGAGGUCGCCUUUCCAGGAGCUAAGUCCGUGGGGCUGAGGCAGCGCUUGUCUGGCUUCACCUCCUCCUCCAAGGCUUCCCGCAGAGCCUCGGAGCAGCAGCAAGGGCCAGCGCACGCGCUGCCGAAGCAGCGCACUGUGUCGUCCUUUUUGCCGCGCCGCCGCCACUCCUCCACUGAGAAUGCCCCUGCGAGGGCCAGUAAGAGCUCCGAGGGUGCUGCUGCGUCUCCCCUGCCGAAAUCCGGGAGUGUAAUGGGGGGUGGGGCAGGAAGUGGGGGUUCGGGAGCAAGUUCAGGGGAUGAUGGGGGCGAGAAGGGGGAAGGGACGGGGGCGGUGGGGGGGUUGGGCGGAGGGGAGAGCCUGGUGCCGCUGUCGUGGUUUGAUGGGGAUGUUAAGGGGGUGGCUUCUAAGGGGGAUAUGCCAGCAGCACUGGGGGGAGGGGUGGUGGUGGAGCAGUGGUAUGGCGUGCCGGCCCAUGAGCUGAACGGGAUUCUCUUCAAGCCUGACUCCGACUUCUAUGCUGAGUUCACUGCCGGAGGAAAUGCCAGUGGGAAGGGUGCAAGAGGACAAGGACCCUGGAUUGAAGGUGAUGCGGCUGCUGUUCCCUCCCUAGCCGACUCCCUCCCCGCCACCAUCACAACGGCCAACUGGCCCGCCUCUCCUCCAAUCAGCUCGCGGGUGGUCCGAUACAUGACUGCGCCCUCCUCUUUGGUCAAGUCUGUACUCGCUACAGAGCUGAUGCGUUACAGCAGGGCAGACGCGGGGGGGUAUCUGGUGGAGGUGUAUGUGGCGACGCCUGACGUGCCGUAUGGCAACACGUUCCGCACUGAGAUGCAGUUCUGCAUCACACCGGGACCAGACGGCAGCAGCUGCCAGCUGCGUGUGUCAUGGGCGCCGUGCUUCCUGCAGAGCACCAUGAUGAAGGGCAUGAUCGAGAACGGCAUGCGCUCUGGGCUCAAAGACACCUACGUUGCUUACCAGACGAUCCUGUCCAAAUACGCUGCACCUGCCACCACCCCUCUCGGCUCCUCCUCCGCAUCUGCCCUCCUCCCCGAGCCUCCGCCGAAGCAGCCCCUGAUGGCUCGGCUGUUCAAUAUCCUUGGGCACUUUUCCAUGCUGCUCUUCUUUGUCUCCCUUAUAGUGCUCCCCACGCACUUCAUACAGCGCGCCAAGGGCCUGCCAGGCGUGCAGUUUCUGCUGCUGGACCUGCCUGACGGGGUGAUGGAGCUGCUGUGCACGGCUGUCAUUGUGCUCUCUGCUGAGAGGGCUCUGUUUCGUCUAAGGAAUAUCAUCACUUCACGGCUUCUAAGAAUGUGUGGGGGAGAAAGGGGCAUGCCAGGGGUGUGGGUGCUGCUGCUGCUCGACCUACCAGAUGUGCUGAUGGCGGAGGGAGAGGGGUGGCUGUUGACAGUGACGCUGGUGCAAGGGGAGGGCGUGGGGGAGGCAGGGGGACUCGGCGGCAAGAGCGAUCCCUAUGUGGUGUUCACAUGUAAUGGCAAGACACGCACGAGCUCUGUCAAGCUGCAGACCAACCGCCCGGUGUGGAACGAGGUGCUGUCCUUUGACGCGUUUGAGGACCCGCCCUCAACACUAGACGUGGAGAUCUUUGACUACGACGGCCCUUUUUCCGCGCCAACAGCCCUGGGGCAGGCAGAGGUGGACCUCGUGCUGUCCUUCGAUGCAUUUGAGGACCCGCCCUCAACACUAGACGUGGAGAUCUUUGACUACGACGGCCCUUUUUCCGCACCAACGGCCCUGGGGCAGGCAGAGGUGGACCUCGUGAGAUCCAGCGCCCAGGAGCUCUCAGACCUCUGGGUGCCGCUGCUGGGAGGGCCGAGGGCAGAGGCGCGCAAGGGAGGCAAGGCGCCGGGGCAGGGGCAGGGGCAGGGGCCGGGGCAGGGGGUGGAGGCGAGGCUGCAGCUGAGGGUGCUGCUCACGAGUACGAGUGAGGCGUCUCCCCCGAUGAUUCUUGAGAGGAUCAGCAAGCAAGUCGGCAAGGAGCUCCUGCGUAUCUCGGACGAGAAGAACACGGCCUUCCAUAACUUAUUCGACCUGCCCGACAACGAGCCGCUUAUCAACGACUUCUCCUGCGCGCUCAAGAAGAACCUCCUCUCGCAGGGUCGCCUCUUCCUCUCCCCGCGCCUCCUAGCCUUCCAUGCGUCUCUCUUUCGAGUGCGCAUAAAGCUAGCAGUGCGUUGGGAGGAUAUAGAAGAGCUGAAGGGGACCGCGCCCUCCAUCCACUCCAUCAACCCAUGGACUUGCCACGCUCAUACUGCCUCACCGUUACCCCCUCUCUCCCACACUCCCCUUCUCUCCUCUCCCCAACCUCCCUCCCCUCCCCUCCCUCCCUUCCCCUCCCUCCCCCCCUCACAGGGUCGCCUCUUCCUCUCCCCGCGCCUGCUAGCCUUCCAUGCGUCCCUCUUUCGAGUGCGCAUAAAGCUAGCAGUGCGAUGGGAGGACAUAGACGAGCUCAAGGAGAAUGCGCCCUCCAUCCACUCUAUCAACCGCCUCCUCAACCCCUCCAUCACCAUCUACUCAGUGCCCAUCCCGCACUCCAUCCACUCCAUCAACCGCCUCCUCAACCCCUCCAUCACCAUCUACGUCAAGCCUGGUCGCGGUGGUCCUGACACGCGCAGCGCCGCGUACGGGAUCGAUCCUUCAGGGCGGCUCAAGAUCAGAUUCCAGUCCUUUGCUCGCCCCACCAUUGCCUUCCGGCUGAUCACAGCGUUGUGGCGCCACAGGGCGCUGCCCCCCGAGCAGCAGCUAGAGAGAGCCAAGGAGGCCGCCAGCGCUGCCGCUGCUGCGGAGGCAGGCGGGGCAGAUGGAGCGGCAGCGACAGGAGCAGGUGGGGCGGGGGCAGCGGCAGGGGCAGGGGCGGCGGCAGGGGAAGGGAUGGUGCGAAGCGCUUCCCAAGGCGGGGUUGGGAGUGGAGGCGGUGGGGGUGUGGGUGGAGCAGCAGCAGCAGGGGGGAAAGGAGGGGCUGGAGGGGGUGUUGUUGCUGGCAGUGGUGGUGGGGCAGUGGGGAGUGACGGUGAGGGGGUGGAGGAGCAGGGAGGAGUGUGCACUGACGUGUAUGAGAUGAUUGACUGCAUCAGCACCGCGGUACCCAUGACGGUGCGUGAGAAGGCAGUGCCCUCAGACGUGUAUGAGAUGAUUGACUGCAUCAGCACCGCGGUGGACCAGUUCCUGGCGAUGACCGAGCAGCAGCAGCUGCAGCGCAAGGUGGCAGACGCCACCGGCCAGACCCACCUGGAGGUCUCCGAUUGGGUGGCAGUGGACGGUGCGCCGCCCGGUGCCGCCCGGCGGCAGCGCAACAUCAAGUUCAAGUUCUCCCGCCAGAUGUCGCCGUUUGGAACCACCGUGUCGGGCGUGCAGCAGGCCACUAAGGAUGCGACACCUGGCAUGUGCACGUGGGCGACGCUGGAGGAGUCCAUCACUCUGCACCAAGUGCCCUUUGGGGACUACUUCCAGGUGGAGACCAAGAGGGAGCUCAAGUCACAGCAGCUUCUGAAUGGGAAGGAGGAUGUGAGUGCGGAGGAUAAGGCACAUAGACUUAAUGAGCGGGUGUCUGAACUCAAGACAACUGCAGCAGAGAGCAUUGGGAAGAAGAUAGCACAGGGAACUCCGAAUCUGCAGGAUAUCAAAAUCUUAUGUGGAGAACUCAAGCAGCGCACCUGGUUCCCCUCGGCGCAGCUGGCGGCGCUGCUGGUGGAGCGGGGCGGGUGCGAGUUCCCCAUCCAGCUGAACGCGCGAGGCGCGCUGGAGGGUCCGUGGGUGAAUCAUUCCUCGCACGACCACCACGCCCUCCUCGACCUGGUCUCUCGCUCCUCCUCGUCGUCCUCCUCGUCGUCCUCCUCGUGGGAUCGGCGGCACGCGUUUGCGUCGGACGCGGACGGGGGGCGGUUGGAGGUGGCGGAGUUUUACUCCCCUGCGCGGUACCAGGCGAUGGGGAAGGUGGUGGCGGCGGAGGAGGGGGAGGACGACGGCAAGGCGCCGUGGGGGCACGUGGUGGAGGGGCUGCUGACGGCCGGCACGCUCAGCACGGGGAAUCGGCUCACGCUGGCGUUUGCACGGCUGGCUGAGAGGUUCCUGGCGUCGUGGGUGCGGAUCGAUGGCAUCAGCAAGGGGUUGGGAAAGGCGGGCAUGGUGAAGCAGAUCAUGUUCCCAGCCAUGGCCGUCAACCCCAAGAUGCAGCCAUGCCUGGCGCAUGUGCGCAUAGUGCUAGGUCGUGUGUACUUCCGCUACGGCUCCUUCCUGGAAGAUCCACGCAAGCUCAAGCGUGUGAACCUGGCAGUGAAGAUGAUCCUGCACGCCAUCACUGCAUACGACCUCCGAUCACUGCGAGCGGAGCUAUUCAUAAACGCGUGUGACAAGCCCGUGAGUUUCGACAACUCGCUCUCCUCGGGCUGCUCCGGCUUCCCCGUCUUCAGCACGCAGUGGACCCCCGGCUCCACCGACAUUCUCUUCCCCGACCCCCUCGACCUCGACUAUUCCCCACCACAGCACACUGAGCACGCGCCCUGGGGCAAGAAGGAAGGCAGGGCAGUGUGGCGGGGCAGUGGGCACGGGUUCGUGUUGGCGGAGGAGAUGGAGGAGGGGAUGAAGGAGUGCGCGUUCAAGUAUAUCCUCCCUCCCUUCCUCCUUCUCAUCCCCCUCCCUUCCUCCUUCUCAUCCCCCUCCCUUCCUCCUUCUCAUCCCCCUCCCUUCCUCCUUCAUCCCCCUCCCUUCCUCCUUUUCAUCCCCCUCCAUUCCUCCUUCUCAUCCCCCUCCGUUCCUCCUUCUCGUCUCCCGCCCAUCCUCUCGAGGGUCUCUUUCCCGCAGGAACGGGUUUGUAUUGGCGGAGGAGAUGGAGGAGGGGGUGAAGGAGAGCACGUUCAACAGGCCAUCAUUCGGCACCACUCGGGCUUCAUGCAGUAUUUUGAGCCGCUCAUGCUGCCCGGAGUACACUACAUCCCCGUUACACACAGCUUCACGGAUUUGGUGGCAGCAGUGGAGUGGAUGAGGCAGCACGACGAUGCAGUGCACACCGUGCUGCUCAACGCAAACGAGCUCGCCUCUCAUGUGGAUAUGACCAAGGUAAAGAAGGAGGUGAUGCAGCCAUGGAUAGCCAAGAGGGUGACUGAGCUUCUGGGCGUGGAGGAUGAAGUGCUCAUCAAUUUUAUUUACAGCCUGCUAGAGGGCAAGAAGGUGGACGGCAAGCAGGUCCAGAUUCAGUUGACCGGUUUCAUGGAGCGCCACACGGCGCGCUUCAUGCGCGAGCUCUGGUGCCUGCUGCUCAGCGCGCAGGCCAACGUCAGCGGCAUCCCGCAGAAGUUUCUCGACGAGAAGGCGGAGGAGACGAGGAAGAAAAAGGAAGCGGAGCAGCGCAUUUUGUCGGAGAUUGGGCGCAAGAAGGGGAUGCAGCAGGGCUCGUUGCUGGGCCCUGGGACUGCCGCUGCUUCCAUCCCCGGCGUGGACGUGGAAGCUGCUCGACGGAAGGCCGCAGAGGCAGCAGCGCGCCUCACGGCUGCCCUCCUCGGACAUCCCGCUCCCGCCGCCGCUGCUGCUGCUCCCGCUCCUGCUCCUGCGCCUGCGGUACCAGCGCCGGCUGACCCAGCCGCUACUGCUGCCGGCAACGCUGCCGUCGCCGCCGCCACGGCCGCUGCGGCUGCGUUCACGGCGCAGGCUGCUAAGCUGGCGCAGGAGAAAGAAGCAGCCGCAGCAGCAGCUGCUGCUGCUACAGCUGCUGGUGGCGAUGGUGGUGCCACAGGAACAGGUCAAGGGCAGGAGGAUGAGAGGCCAGAUGGUGUAGGAGCCGGUGUUGCUGCUGCUGUUGCUGAUGAUGACGAUGAUGCAGGUGGUGGCGAAGGAAAAGCGGAGCAGGAUCAGGCCCCCUUGCCCCCCCCUCCUCGAAACCGCUCCCCCGCCCGCCGUCGCCAUCGCUCCCGCUCUUUCUCCCCCGAGCGCCGCUCCCGGUCCCCACCCCGCCGCCGCCGCUCCGAGUACCGCUCCCCCCGGCGCUCCCCCCCGCCGUCGUCCUACCGCAGCAGCCGCUACCGCUCCCCGCCUAGAAGCCGCGGGUACCAGCGCGACGGGCGGUCGCCGCCAGGGGACUAUCGGCGCAGAGGGGGGGGGUCCCGAUCACCCCCCCCUCGUCGUUCGUCCCGGCAGGAGGAGUCGUUUGCGCGGUACCCUCCGCCGCCUGGCCGAUCGAUACGGGGGCGAGAGGAAGGCGGACCCGACAGAGGACGCGGCGAGAGAGGGCGGGAGGUGAGAGAUUGGGAGGAUAGGGGGAGGGACGUGAGAGGGCGGGAGGAGAGGAUACGGGGUGAGCGACGGGUGGAUGAACGAGGGAGCGGGAAAGACAGGGGCACGUCGUUCAAGCGCGGGGUUCCCGGUAGGAGUAAGGGCGGCAGGGAGGAGUAUGGUAAUGAAUAUGGUGACGAGGAGGACGAGGAGGAGUAUGAAGAGGACGUGCGGGGUGUUGUGCGCAAGGAGGCUAGGAAAGGAGGAGCAGGGUGGCGAAAUGUGGAGGAGGACGAGGCGGAGGAAGACGGGGAGGAGGAAGACGGGGAGGAGGAUGGGGAAGGCAAGGGGGCCCGGAAGGGCAGGGCGGGUCGAUUGGUGGAGGAUGAGGGGGGAGACGACGAGGUGAUGGUGAGAGGAAGGGGCCGCGGUGACGCGGGGAGAAGUGCCAAGGGCAGUGCAGGUGCGGGUAGGCAUGGGGGGAGGGAUGGGGGAAGGGGUGGGGGAAGGGAUGGGGGGAGGGAUGGGGGAAGGGGUGGGGAAAGGGGUGGGGGGAGGGAUGUGGGCAUUGCAUCCCCCGAUGCUGACGAGAGUGAGGGCGACGAGCCGAAUGACCGUCUGGGUGCUUCCGAAAAGUCUGGUGGCAGGAAGGAGAGCGAAGGCCGAAGGGGGAGGGGAGGGGUUGAGGAGGAGGGGGAUGAGGAGGAGGAAAGGUGGGGUGCGGACGGGGAGAGGAGGCAGGGUGAAAGGGGGAGGUAUGUGGCGCGCGGAGGGGAGGGGAGCGGUUACGAGGGGCGUCCGCGUGAGAGGCGAGAUGAGGAAAGGGGCGCAGGAAGGGGGGAGGGGCGCGGAGGGCGGAGAGCAGGGUACGAGGAUGAAAGGGGAGGGGAGAUGCGAGAGAGGCCAAGGGGUUUUAGCAGCAAGGGUCCUAGCAGCAAGGGGCCUAGCCGUAGGGAGGGGCCAGGGGAGGAUUGGGAGGAGGAGGGAGGUGCUGGUGGCGGUGUUGGUGGCGGUGCUGGUGGCGGUGCUGAUGCAGGUGAUGCGCGGGGUCGUGGUGAUAGGCAUGAGGAUGGAAGGGGUAGGAGAGAUAGGAGGGGCAAGGAGCAGAGCGAGGAGGAAGCUGGAGAGGAGGAGGAGGAGGGGGAUGAGGAGGCAGGGGGGAGUCAGAGGCAGUCUCGCAGCUUCCGCUCUUCCCAAGAACCAUCUGCCUCUCUACAAGAUGCUUCCCCUCCCUCCUCCGGUUCUCCCUCCCCCCGCCGUCCGACAAGGGAGGCUGGGACACGAGGGGACGGGCAGGGAGGUCAGAUGGGUGGUGAGGGGUUUGGGAGGCUAAACGGGCGAGAGAGGGGUGAUGUGAUGAUGGGGAGGAGGGGUGAUGGGAUGAUGGGGAAGUGGGGUGAUGGGAUGAUGGGGAAGUGGGGUGAUGGGAUGAUGGGGAAGUGGGGUGAUGGGAUGAUGGGGAAGAGGUGUGAUGGGAUCAUGGGAAAGAGGGGUAAUGGGAUCAUGGGGAAGAGGGCGCAGCACGCGGCGAUGCUGCUAAUGUUCUUCCUGCUCGGCUGCGCCCUUCUCAUCAGCGAAACCACCAGCCUGCUCCCCCUCCCUCUGGGCGCGUUCCACAUCCUAGCAGCGCUCGCAUUCUUCUGUGAGGGGAUGCUCUUCACUCUCCACUCCACGGCGCACCACGGCCUCGAGCCGCGCUACCACAUGCUGCUCGCCAUCGCCAUUGCCGCCUGUGUCGUGUGUGCGCUGCUGGCCGCUGCCAUGCCGCACUCCUUCCUGCUCGAUGCCGUUGGCAGCGGCGCGAUCGUCCUGCAGGGGCUCCUGUUCUGGCAGACCGCCAUGUCCCUCUAUGGUCCCAUGGUACCAGCAGGCUGCUAUCUGGGCCCUGACACCGUGCAUUGCGACUCCGAUGCAAACGAGCACCGAGCCAUGGCCCUUGCCGUGCUGCAGUUCAUCGCCCUCCUCGCCUGCACCCUCGUGCUCUCACUCGCGUAUUACGGCGCGGUUGCGAGCGCUGCUCCUCGGUCGUCCCUUGAUAUUAUCCAUGCAACGCAUGCUGUGGAGUGUGGGGAAGGGGAAGCAAAAGAUGGUAGUGGGAGGGGGGAUGGUGGCAAGGGAGAGGUUAUGUUGGGGGCACUUAGUGCGCAUGAGGACAGUGUGGACACAGGUGUAGGUGUAGACGAGGAGAAAGGCCUUCUAUCUUAA